CUUAUAUUUUUUCAAACUGACCAAUGAGAGAUUUGCUUGGACUCGAAUUCGCCAAUGAGAGCGGGAGGCCGCAAAAAAUUUAAAUCACACCUCGAGGAGGCGGGGGGGUGGAAACGAGAGUGGGGGCUUCGCAGCUCCAGCAGUUCGGUGCAACGUGUUGGGGCGCUGUCGGGUUUAAAGACAUCUGUAUAACAGUCACCAUGUCUACCAAUGAGAAUGCUGGGGCAAUGGCUGCCCGCCUGAACAGAUUCAAGAACAAGGGCAAAGAUUCCAAUGAAAUGAGGCGGCGACGGGUGGAAGUCAAUGUAGAGCUGAGAAAAGCUAAAAAAGAUGACCAAAUGCUUAAAAGGCGAAAUGUAGGCACUUUUCCAGAUGAUGCCACUUCACCUCUGCAAGAAAAUCGGGGUAAUCAGGUUGCUGUCCAUUGGUCAGUUGAAGAAAUUGUUAAAGGCAUUAACAAUACUAAUUUAGAAUUCCAGCUGCAGGCUACUCAGGCUGCCAGGAAACUGCUAUCCCGAGAAAAGCAGCCCCCUAUAGACCAGAUUAUUAGAGCUGGCUUGAUACCAAAAUUUGUGUCCUUUUUGGGAAAAGCAAACUGCAGCCCUAUUCAGUUUGAAGCUGCUUGGGCACUGACCAAUAUUGCUUCCGGCACAUCAGACCAGACAAAAGCUGUAGUAGAGGGUGGAGCAAUUCCUGCCUUUAUAUCUCUACUGGCUUCUCCUCAUACUCACAUUAGUGAGCAAGCUGUAUGGGCUUUGGGGAAUAUUGCAGGUGAUGGCUCUGCUUAUAGAGACUUAGUUAUUAAAUAUGGUGCACUCGACCCACUUUUGGCUCUGCUUGCUGUUCCUGAUCUCUCUUCUAUAUCUAUUGGCUACUUGCGUAACAUAACUUGGACUUUGUCAAACCUCUGCCGUAACAAGAACCCUGCACCACCCAUUGAAGCUGUUGAACAGAUUCUGCCCACUUUAGUUCGCCUACUGCAUUACCAUGACCAUGAAGUUUUGGCAGACACAUGCUGGGCUAUUUCUUAUUUGACUGAUGGGUCAAAUGAUAAAAUUGAAGUAGUGGUCAGAACUGGCCUAGUGCCACAAUUGGUGAAACUGUUAGCCUGUGGGGAAGUUCCAAUAAUGACUCCAUCAUUAAGAGCUAUAGGAAACAUUGUAACAGGUACUGAUGAGCAAACUCAAACUGUAAUAGAUGCUGGAGCACUAGCUGUCUUCCCAAGUCUGCUUAUUCACCCCAAAAACAACAUCCAGAAAGAAGCUGCAUGGACUAUGUCUAACAUAACUGCGGGCCGUCAGGAUCAGAUCCAGAAGGUUGUGGACCACGGGCUUGUUCCAUAUCUUGUUAGCAUCUUAAAAAAGGGAGACUUUAAAUCCCAGAAGGAAGCUAUAUGGGCAGUGACCAACUAUACAAGCGGAGGAACAAUUGGCCAGAUUAUUUACCUUGUCCAGACAGAUGUAUUAGAACCAUUAUUGGAUCUGCUUGUGGUUAAAGACAGCAAAACAGUCCUGGUGAUUCUGGAUGCUAUUACUAAUAUUUUUAUGGCAGCUGAAAAAAUAGGUGAAAUUGAAAAGCUGUGCAUCUUGAUUGAAGAAUGUGGUGGCUUAGACAAAAUUGAAGCUCUACAAUCCCAUGAAAAUGAGCAGGUUUACAAGUCAGCUGCAACUCUGAUUGAAAAAUAUUUUUCAGCAGAGGAGGAAGAUGAGAAUGUUGUUCCAGAGUCUGGUUCUGAUGCAUAUACAUUCCAAAUUCAAGACAGUCCUGAUACCUUCAAGUUUUAAGUCUCUUGACCGUCUUCAGCCUGGUUCCCCCCUACUCCCGCUUUCUGUUCUGUCUCUUACACUGCCUUUUUUUCUAUGUGAAAUGUGAAAUAGCACUUUGUUUCAACUAAAACUACUUGAAGAGAUCAUGGCAGUUGCAUAUGCCAAGUGAACUUGUGUCUUCUACUUAUAUGUCCUUUUUUGUAUUCUGUAAAUUCUCCAGUUCUGAAUCUACUGCCUUUCAGUAGUGGAUGUACCUAGAUUUAGAUUAUAUCCUUACUACAGUUGGCCAGACAGAAAUGGUUUGUGAAUCUUCACUCUCAGUUUGGUUUGCAGAACAGCGUUCAGUAGCAAAAGCAAAUCUCUCGGACUGAUUUUAAAGAAUACUUCUUGAAAUGAAAUAAACUGGUAUUUGAGUAUCA